AUGGAACCGGAUAAAAAUCAAGCCAGCGAAAGAGAAGUGAGAACUCAGAAGAGACCGCAGCAGCUUCAUCUCACCAGCAAUAGCCAGGCAGCGAUUAAUGCUCAGGCGACACUCAGCCGACAACUCAGGUGUCCAUUGAGGCUGUUCAGUACUCAGGUGCACUCGGGCGACCACUCAGCCGACGAAGGAAACAGCGACGAUUACUGCUCUGCUCAGUUCUCAGGCGGAGGCGACAACUCAGGCGACCUCUCCGACGACGAAAAGCAGCUAAAGGAAGGAGACUACUGCUCUGUUACUCACUCAGCAGUCAAUCGAUCUCUCUUAGUCAGUCGAUCAGUUCAACGCGCCACUGCUCCAGAUCUCUGCUGUCUGUGA